UUCAAGAGUCGAGUGCCUGAAGUGUUAGUAUGGCGCCCUUUGCUGAUCGUGCCGCGAGUCCAUUGUAGAUGGAACGACUAGAAUGGGCACUAAAAAAGCAAACGGUCGAAUACAAAUUUGCAGAACUCAGUCUUUCUGUAGCAUGCUGACGAAUGAACGCACUCCGUGAUGGACAGGCUGUCCUAGCUCUGCUAUAUUCCAAGCAAACGCAGUACACCUGAGAUACGAUUGAGGAGGCGCGUUUAAGUUUCGUUAGUGACGGAGUCCAGCCAAUCUCGAAACAGAUCGAGGUCAAAUAAGAAUCCCCCUCAUUACGUUCGCCCAACAACAGAACUUCCCCUUGCUACCAGGGGCCGCGACGAGCGUCUCACAUAUCCGUAUGCUGAGAGACAUAGCAGGCUUUUUGGAGCUUUAUGAGUGUGCGUGCUCGGAGGGGGAAAUUGAUUCUGUCAUGACGCAAAUUUACCGAAAACGCGGCCUCGCCGACGCGGUGAUGUCUGCGCAUCAUGACAAUAGACUCUUUUAUACCACCGUUGAAAAAGAUCGUUUAAACGUUGCUACGACGAGCAACCACAGAGACAGAUCAUUUGGCAUGAAUCAGAACGCCUUGUCCACUGUAAAACACUUUGCAGAUAUGAUUUACACUACUCUCAUUAUUGUGUGGAGAUCGAGGGCAAAACUCCCAAUCAUCCCUACAUUGAUCGAGUUUCGCAAUCACUUUGCUAGGUACGUUUUUUUCAGUAGGUCGAAUAUCUAUGAGGCCGUGGGCCUGUUUCGUUAAUGUCUAGCAAACGGUAGCCGUGUCAUGACGUUACAUGUUCUACGUCAUUCCCCGAAAGCAGCCGUGAUGGGAGCAGAAGACGUUUAACCCAUGAGAGUGUUUGACGACAAUAUGCUAGCGUCCACAAUAUUUGAGAUGCAAAGUUUUCUCCGUAGCGGCAAGGAAGGAGUACUCUUGGAACGUUGUGUGUGAAGUGGAUGCUGUUGUAUGUACACCCUUCAUGACGUGAAUUUUUGGGCGGCCCCCUGCCUGACGACUGCGUGUCUUUCCCUUUUCCGUAAAGUUAGUUCUCUGUUCCGCGCGUAACUGCAAAUAGCAGACGAAAAGCAGUGUUGAGUUCCUCCAUGCAACAGUCAACAUGGAGUGGCGCAUUCCACGAGCGGUCGAAAUAGGGUUCUUGUUGUGCAUAUCGUUCGCGGUGACUAAUUGCUGCGCCCUGGAACAUGAGGAAGCUGCCGAUGCUAUUGAGAAAACAUACAUCAGAAUUGCAACCGCGGAGGCGUCCUCAGUUUACCCGAGUGUCGGACCCAAUGGCAUGCGAGAGUAUUCUCCCGACAAAGCCUUAACCAAAGGAUCUGGCUAUUGGAGCUCAGAGGGAAACCACAAAAAUGAGGUUGUGAGCUGGACAGGAAUUCUGACCAAUAGGCGCACGUUUAAUGGAAUCAACAUCAACUGGGCGUACGCUCCGGGAAAAGUUUCGAUAGCGGUCAGCUUCGAUGGUAAAGAACCUUUCCACGAGGUGGUACCGUUUCAAGACGUGAACGGUCCAAGCGCUGCUUUCGAACAGCAAGUAACCUUCCCGCAUCCGAUUCGUUUGAAAGCGGUCCGAAUCUUGAUGAAAAACGCUCGCUAUGAGUAUUUCGGAAUUAACCUUGUCCAACUUGUUGGAGCUGGGAAUCCGAUGCUUCGGAUUCACGGUGGUAUCACCAGUCCUCACCAGGAUAUGUGCUUGCAAAUUGAUGAACACGAUGAUAUUGUCCUCGACGGCUGUCUUGCAUCGCUUACAGCCAUGGAUGGUAGAGCGCUCUGGAAAUACAAUGAGCUUGGACAACUAUACAAUCCAAUAAAAAACAAAUGCAUGGCGUUGAAGGACAACAUCGAUUUGGAUGGCGGUGCCGUUGUGGCUCAAGACUGUGAACAGUCUUAUAAAUAUAACGACGGGCGGAGCAUCUGGCAAGUUGGAGAUACAGAUUUGUUACCUUUAAGAAUGCUUAAAUCGAUGCGUCAGGGAACUACAACCAAAUAACCAGCUGAAACU